UAAUCAAAUUUUAACUGUUGGCUUUAAAUAUGUCCAGGCAAUCAUACUCAUUGGAUAUUAUACAUACCUUAUUAGCAUUUACAAUAAUCUAUUUUAUCUAAUUCCAAUCCAAUAUACUCUACGGGCUUAUAACCUCUACCGAAGGCUCGUUCAACAUGCUGACAUACAGACCGCAGUAAACAGAUUUCUUAAAGCUGCUCUGGACUUCCUUCCAUUCAUCCUUGCUGCUCAUCUAUUCGGAGCCUUGUGGUACUUUUUGGCUGUGGACCGAAAAGUAGUUUGUUGGGUGGAGCAUGUUUGUAAAUUUAAUAAUAUUUGUGGUCGUGAAACGUUUUAUGAAUUCUUCUAUUGCAGUAGCUCCACUCCACAAAACAAUAUGAUGUUCAGUAGCUCCCUUCUACAAAAGUCAUGUGCUGUACAACUUUCAGCAAAUAUAACAAGUUUACCUUUCGAUUUUGGUAUAUAUCUAUACGCUCUCCAAUCUAAUAUGACAAGCUCAAGAGAUCUUCCACUGAAGAUGUUGCAAUGUUUUUGGUGGGGCCUGAGAAAUCUGAGUUCUUUUGGUUCAAACCUCCAGACCAGUUUCUGUAAGGACGAAAUCAUCUUUUCGAUUGUGAUCUCUAUAAGUGGCUUGGCACUAUUUUUAGUGUAUCUCAGUUCAAGGGUGCAGGGAUCGAAAAAAAUGUCAAAUCAGCUCAAAUUGCGACAGAAGAUUGAAAUUUUAUAUCCAGACAUGGUAGAGCAAAUACGUAAUAAGCACCGUCUCGGCUUGGCUUCACUAAAGAAAGUGCCGUUGCUUGAAAGUACAGAUGAGAAAGUGUUAAAAGCAAUCUGCAAGAAUCUUAAGCCGGUGACUUAUGGCGAGGAUGUUUAUAUCAUUCGAGAGGGAGAACCACUUCGAAAGAUGCUUUUCAUCACAAGAGGCACUGCAUUGACCUACACAACUACUAAGGGUGGAACAAAUGUGUGCAAGUUCCUUGAGAAAAGUGAUUUCUAUGGAGAAGAACUUAUAAAUUGGGCAUUCAAAUUUUGCUCAUUUUCUAAGUUACCUAUCUCCACUACAACUCUUAUGUCCCAAACAAAAGUUGAAGCAUUUUCAAUUAGGGCUCACAACUUCAAGUCAAUUGUCGCUCAAUUUUGGUGGCAGUUUCAGAGGGAGCUUCCUCGUUCUCAAUUGGAGCAUUUUGCAGCUUCUUCUUUACAGGCAUUCUGGCGCCGCCGUCGUGCACAGGCUAAGGGCCCAACUGGAUGGGACAAACUCACAUUAAAUUAGCCAAAACUACGAC